AUGAACCUGUGGGCAAGCUUGAGAAACCUGAACCUUAGUAACCUUGACAGCCUUACCAAACAGCUUGCUGGGGUCCUGGAUCUUCUGCUACCUUUCCUAGUAGAUGAACAGGCUCUGGGUUUACCACCUCAGUUUGCCCAGGCCGUACUGGGGCCUGUCCCAGAGCUUGUCCAGAUCCUCUCUGGGAUGGCUGACCAACUCACCUUUCACAGGCUGGAAGGCAUGGUCACUGCUCUUGUCAAAAGCCUGCAGGGCACGCCGACGUGGGACUCUGCACUGUCCACUCUAACCAUGGUCAGAAAUGUCAUGGCAGCCAUGGUCCAAAGCAUACAGGCACAAACCAAUUUCAUCAACAGUUUCUCAAAGCUUUUGACAGAUGUUUACACUGGUAUACACCCCAUGAAUGUGUCUCUCAUCAUUGAUGCACUGCCAGAUGUUUUACAGUCCACCACAGAAACUGUGCUACAGGCCGCAAGUAGCAAUGUGCUGAAUUGCAGUGUGGUGCAGAAGCUCUGGGACUCAAUCAGCCAAUUAGCUGGGCUCAACAGCACAGUCUUUGCUGGGUGGUGUAAUGAGUAUCUACACCCAUUCCUCUACAUCCUCUCACCAUUCCCGGCAGUGACCCAGAAUAUGACGGUGAACGCCACUGUAGCAGAGAUUGUAUUCUCUCUGGAGGCUCUCUACUCGGCCAGUCUCAAUCAGUCCCUUGCCAUGCAACAUAUUUCACAAACCCUUAUGGAGGGUGCCAGUGUGUUUUCCAACCUGUUCUCUUCAGUGGGUAGCCAGACUGACUGGAAUGGUCUGCUCCUUCAGUUACAGAAGCAGCCAAGCAUGUCUAUUGUUGAAAAGGCCUUGAAGAAUCUAGAACUGCAGGUACCAUCAGGUGAACUGAGCUGGAGGCCGUAUUUCCUGGCAGUGCAGAGGACCAUGGAGUACACCUUGCAGAACACUUACCUUGAUGGGAAUGCGACAGCGAGCCCUCAGAUCGUUAUGCAGGCCUUGGAUGUCGCUCUCACCGCCAUAAACAUCAGCAGUGAGAAUAUACGUAGUUUCCUGAGUAGCGAUAUCUUCACUGAACCUAAUGAAUCCUCAGCUGACAUGCUCAUAAAAGAGGUGGUCAGGAAAAUCAUUGACCUGAGACUGCUGGGAGAUUGGCCUGUGGCUUAUGGUCUGCUGGAACAAUCGCUUUAUAUAGAGAAUACAAGCCUCAUCUUGGAGGCAGUCAGUGAACUCGUUAACUGGUACAGCACCAGUAACAACACUGGAGUGUAUCUUGCCGUGGAUAUCAUGCCCAGGUUGUAUGAGAUGACAAAUCAGUAG